CCGUACGACGUCAUCAGUUCGGAUGUCAGCACUUGCACGCGGCAGUGACACUUGUAAAUAGAGUUGUAGGUUAGUUCAUUUUGAAAGAGUUCCAUAUAAUUCUCAUGUCUGCAGUGUGACAAUUGCAGAUAUUUAUGAAACAAUUGAAUCAUGGCAGGGAGUCGACUUGAAAAGUUCGGCACCGUGUUCACACGAGUGAGAGAUUUAAUGCGUGCUGGCGUGAUCAAAGAGAAAGACAAACCGAUUUGGUACGAUGUGUACGCUGCAUACCCACCUAAGAGAAACCCGCUCUACGUGAAACCAUUUUCCAAGACACUCCCAAAGACUGAGGAUAAAGUGCCAGAAAUAUUCUACAGAGAGGAUGUAAUCCGAUCGAAAUUCUAUAACACAUACGGGACUGGUCCCAGAACGUUCGACCUAUCCAGGUCCAACUUCGUGUCAACAUGUCAAAGGUUUGUGGAGAAGUACAAUGAGCUGCAAAGCACUGGAGACUUUGAAGAAGACGCCCUCUUUGAGGAGACCAGUAAGGCACUUCUUGCCGAAGGCCUUUUGCUCAGGAGAAAGGGUAGUCCCACGGUGGCGGCAGAACACAGAAACCCUGUACUGGGCAUGAAACUGACCGAUAUGUUGGCCGAGAAACAGCAAACCAACUCGGCAGCGGACGAAACGACAUCAACUCUGAGGGAGCAGACAGAGACAGAAAUACAGACCAUAGAUCACAAACCGUCCUAAAUACAGACCUGCACAUUCAGCUCCUUCCUGUGCUGUACAAGACCACAGAGCAUGAGUAUUAUCAAAGUGCUUUUGUUUUAUCAACUGCUAAUUCAAUACGGCUUUGUCUGUAAUUUCAUAAAUGACCUUGGCUACAUUUUUGAAUUUACACAUGAUUGCCGAUAAGUUACUGCGAUGAAUGCUUCAAGAAAUGUGCGGUGAAAGGACUGGAGGACCAUAGUGGCCAGUCCUGUCAGCUUUAUGCUGUGGAUGCUCUGUCCUGUGUGUUUCUGCUUCACCUUUGUGACAUUUUGACCACAUGUUAUAUGCAUAAAAUGACCCAACUAAUAAAAACGUAUUUACAAGGUCA